GCGGAAUUACAACGUGUGCUGACCCGGAAGUUGAUAUUUCGACGUAACCUUCCCGAUUGACUCAUGGUUUAAUACUACACAUUUCAUUGCUAUUUCUCGAUUGUUUUUGUGGGGGAGAAAAUGUUUCUUACCUCCGUGAACUUGGCAAAGGCGAAAUCAAAGACCAUCCUUGUGCAGAUGAUGAGCGCUGCGGGGACGGGCUACUGCUUCAACACCAAGAGAAACCGUCUCAGAGACAAACUAGUGCUGCGAAAAAAUGAUCCGUUUGUGAACAAGCAUGUCCUCUUCUUUGAGAAGAGGAAGAUCAGAUCCGUUUAAAACGCACCUCAACACAUGGACAAUAAACCUGCAGCGUUUAAAAGAGAACAUUUGCCUCCUGGAUUCCAAAAGAAAACAUCAAGCUGCAGAUCCUGUUAAAGGCAAUGUCUGGUCCCCACUUGCACCAAGCCUAGGACAUAAGCUCGCGGCUAUGAUUCUACUUUGGUAUAAUAUGCCUCUUAUGACCAAGUCCUUCAUGUUUUGUCAUUUUUAUGACAUCAACCACAACUUGAAUAAUUAAUCGAAAAGGACAAUUAUUUUCCUUGUCAGUUGUGUCUGUCAUAAAAUGACCAUCAAGUGCUAUUCCACGUCCUUUUCACUGAAUAAAUGCUUUGUGUGCAUCA